GCCUGCAGCCUCCUGCUACACUAUUUACAUCCUAUUCCAUUGAGGUGGCCCGUCUCUGCUCACAUGACCCAAAUGCAGUUCUCACUCCACCAAGAACAAACAGCCCCGUACGCAGUCUGCGCUGGCAGCUUUGCACAUGCUCCGUCUGGCCCUGUGAAUCUCACUCACUCAUUGAGAUUUCUAUUGGUUUAAAGCGACCUUCCAGCCGCCGCCGCCGAAGCUCUGGGAUCUGCAGCAUUUUCUUGGCCCAGAUCCAAGGCAGGCACCCCACGAAGGCUGUCUUAUUUUAGGGCUGUCUUAUUUCAUCAACAUUUGGGAUGUUUCGUCUGUCUGUUUGAGGGAAGAGUGUAUAUAAUAUUCACACAUGAGUAUAGAUGAUGAAUGGGGCUCUGAGAGUAAGUCUUCCUCCCCUGCAGUUUUUAUAGGAAGAGUGUUUUGAUGUCUUUUCAACGGUGGCCUUGAAGGCAGUCCGCAGGUCUAAGGCACGCUUGAUUCUACCACGGGAGCGUCAGCCAACGAUGCUGAAGCUGACUGACUGCAGUGUGUGAAAUGGUGUUUCCUCCUCUCCAGAGUCCUGAAUGUUGCCGUUCGGAUGGUAAAUGAUGAGGCAGGCUACCAUGGAUUUCAGCAGCUCGUCUGUGUUUGAUCAGCACAAAGGUGACUCAUCUGAAGAAGUCGACCUGACAAUGGUGUAUCAGGCAGCAUCGAAUGGAGAUGUCAACUCUCUGACUGCCGUGAUCCGGGAGGAUCCGUCCAUCCUAGAAUGUUGUGACAGUGAAGGAUGUACGCCCUUGAUGCAUGCAGUUUCGGGACGUCAAGUGGACACAGUGAAGCUGCUGCUAAAGAUGGGCGCCAACAUUAAUACACAGGAUGCAUACGGUCGCACCAGUUUAUGCCUGGCAACCUACCUGGGCUGGCUUGAAGGCUGUGUGAGUCUGCUCAGAAAUGGUGCCAAGCACAACAUCCCAGAUAAAAAUGGCCGCCUGCCACUGCACGCUGCCACUGCUGAACCUGAUGUGAGGCUUCUCAUCGUCCUGCUGCAGCAGUCUAGCCUCAGUGAGAUCAACCAUCAGGACACAGAGGGAAUGACACCACUUCAUUGGGCAGCUUUUCACAACCGGCCUCAACAUACCCAGAUGCUGUUGAAGAAGGGGGCAGACCCCACCCUUGUGGACAAGGACUUUAAAACAGCUCUCCACUGGGCUGUCCAGAGCGGAAAUCGAAUUCUGUGCUCCAUCAUUCUGAGCCAUCGUCAGGGCCCAUCCAUUAUCAACUACGACGACGAGAGUGGGAAGACGUGUGUCCAUAUCGCAGCUGCUUCCGGUUUCGGCGACAUCAUUCACGAUCUGGCCAAGGUCCCCGAGUGUAACCUGCAGGCUCUGGAUGUGGAUGACAGGACACCCCUGCACUGGGCUGCAGCUGCUGGAAAGGCAGAAUGCGUCCAGUCACUGCUGGACUUGGGCAUGGACAGCAACCUGAGGGACAUUAAUGAGAGCACGCCCCUGGCCUACGCCUUGUACUGUGGUCACACAGCCUGCGUCAGGCUCCUUUCCCGAGAGGGCCGAGCCUGCUAGGCCUCUCCCCUCUCAGAACAGUCAACCCCAAAAGAAGGAAGGACGAUUCAGCGUGCUCAACCAAAUCUUCUGCAAAAACAAGAAAGAGGAGCAGAAAGCCCAUCAGAAGGAGCAGAGCAGGGCCAGACCUAAGGAGGAGGACACCUCGGAAGUCAAUGACAUCAUCGCCACCUUUGACAGCGUCGUGGAUACCAACUGCCAAGAUCAGCCUGGUGACCAGGUGGACAUGGUUGUCUUUAAGAAGAGGACCUCAGAGAAUUCAAAGUAUCUCUUGCCAGAAAAGAAAUCCCUGGCCCGGAAGGGGCUUCCACCAAUCAGAACACAGAGUCUCCCACCCAUCACCCUGGGCAGUAACUUCCUGACAGCCUCCCAUGGAGCCACGUCCCACGCUGGUCUGAACUCUGGUCUUCAGCAUACUGCCCAGCGUUCUCAGAAAAGCCGAAGCGAACAGGACCUGUUGAAUAAUAGGACUGGCUGCCAGGUGUCACUAGAUAAUCCCUGGAAGGGUGACACUAGGCAGGCAUUCUCCUGCAAGGCUUGGACUGUGUCUUCCUCUGAUAAGUUACUAGACAGGAUGUUCACUGGCCAGCCUGGUCACCAGGAGCUGUCUGGGCCACCACAUCUUCCUCAUCUACCUAAUCCCUCACCAGGUAAUGGCCUCCAUUCCCGCUCCUCAAGGCCUCCCUCACACAUGGAGCAUCUCAUGUAGUUAAGCUAGUAACUGCCAGGUGAGUAGCCUGCAGGUUCCAAUAAAACGGGAGCCACAGCCGCGUUUAAUUUUGUCCUAGUUUGAAGAUUUCUGGGAAGUGAAAACUUUCAGCUUUUCCACCCUGAGUGGGCUGAGGUAAAAGUAUGGCCGUGUCCUCUAAAAGGCAUUCUUUCCUGGAGUCGUGGGGCAUGCUCACUCCCAAGGCAUGAAUUUGCUUGUACGGUUAAUAAGUUGUCAUGUGUUUUAAAUCAUCAUUCAGUCCCCAUUCCAGAUCCACCCCACCAAACCUUUGCUGAGACAAAGGGCCUCAUUUAUACCUGAGUAUAAAUGAGUAUAAAUGUUUAUGGUUUGUGUCUCCCCGCAUACCGACGGCUUGCUUGGCCAUUCUCCGUCUCCCUUCUUCCCUCAUCCACAGCUACCAAUGCCAUUCAGUUUUUGCUUAUGCUUCCAGAUACAUUUCAUACAUCUCUGUACACAUCUAUGAAUAUAAGCAUGAAAUCUCUAGAUAGAUAGAUAGAUAGAUAGAUAGAUAGAUAGAUAGAUAGAUAGAUAGAUAUCGUUCUCUCCCAUCUCCCUGUUCCUGACAGUUUCCAGGAGUCUCAGCUUUGCAAGUAACUUUGUCCUGGGCUUUAAAAAUAAUUUCUACAAAUAAACAUGAACUAUGUAUAUAUGGCCUUGUGAUAAUUAUCAUACUAAAGAACCUAAGUUUUAGCAGAAUUUGUUGCUCACAUUAAUUCCAGUCCUCAGAAGCCAGAGGUGGGUGGAUCUCUAUGAGUGCAUCAAGGCCAGCCUGGUCUACAUAGUGAGGCUCAUUCUCAAAAAAAUUAUUUUAAAAAACUUACGUUUUAUAUACAUACAAAUAUUAUUCAUAUACAUUAAUAUUCCCCUCAUUAUACAUAACAUGGAUACUCCGUAAUUUAUUUCGCCAUUUGCUUUUUGAGAGGGUUAGCAUAGAACUUACUACGGAGCUGAAGAUAGCCUUGACUCCUCUCUGGCCUUCACCUUUCAAGUGCUGAAUUAUAAGCUUCUGCCACCUUGCCCACUUCUUAUUUUUACUAAAAAAUAAUUCAAUUUCUACGGGAUUUGGAGGCUGUACAACUUUUCUCACUCAAACAGUGCCUUGGUUUUUGUUUGAAUGAAUCAAUUGCCAGUAUUUAAAACUUUACAUUUUACAUUAAAAAAAACCCUAAAGAUUCUAGUUUCUCUUGAAAAAUUGAAGCCAACAUUCUCACAUGAAAGUUACUGAUUAGCCCUGAGUGACCAGGGUACUCUUGGGUGCCACUGCUCCCAGUAUUAUGCAGAAUUAUUUACAUCACCUACUCUUUAUCAAUAUACUUCCGGUAUUUUUAUAGUAGGGUUACAGGGAGAAAAUUAUAUAUCUAUUUAACCCACAUUUCUGUCUAUGUUUGAAAAAGAAAAAACCAAGUUCUUUUUUUUUUUAAGUAUGGAGGGCCAUGUUUCUGUUUGGAGGUGGAACUUUUCUUAUCAACUUUUUAAAAGAUUUAUAUAUUUAUUAUAUAUAAAUAUACUCUUGCUGUCUUCAGACACACCAGAAGAGGGCAUCAGAUCUCAUUACAGAUGGUUGUGAGCCACCAUGUGGUUGAUGGGAUUUGAACUCAGGACCUCUGGAAGAGCAGUCCAUGCUCUUAACCACGCAGCCAUCUCUCCAACCCAUCAAUUAUUUUUUUAAUUCACAUGUGUGCAAAUGUAUGCAGAUGCCUUGGCAGUCAAGGGACAGUUUUGAAUGCCAUCCUCAGGAACACCACCCACCUGUUGGAGACAGGGUCCCUCACUGACCUGGGGUUAACCAAUUAAGUUCGACCAGCUGGUGUGAACAUAAGGGGUUCUCCUGACUCUGCCUCUCUAGUGCUGGGGUCACAGGAUUAUGACAGUACAUCCAGAAACUUUGCCUGGGUUCAGAGAAACACAGAUCCUUGUAUUUUGAGGAUACUUUACCAACUGAGCCACUCCUUGCUGUGGUUUGAGUAGGAAUGUUCCCCAUUGGCUCAUGUGUUUGAAUGUUUGGCCACCAGGGAGUAGCACUAUUAGGAGGUGUGGCCUUGUUAGAGGACAUGUGUCACCGGGGUUGGGUUUUGAGGUUUCAGAUGUUCAAGCCAGGCCCAGUGUCACUCACUCUUCCUGCUGCCUUUGGAUCCAGAUGUAGAAGUCUCAGCUCUUGGUAUAGCACCGUGUCUGCCUGCACGGGCUGUCAUUCUUCCUUCCAUGACAGGAAUGGACUAAACCUCUGAAACUGUAAGCCAGGCCCAACUAAAUGUUUUCCUUUGUAAGAGUUGCCAUGGUCACGGCAAUCAAAUCCUAAGACCCCCCCCUUCUCCCCCAACCAUCCUGUUUUAUACACAGCAUGCUGGGUCCUCCUUUGUCAUCAACGCGCUUGUUGAAUAGAGCUUUUAAAGAAGAAUGUGGCUCCUUCUCAUGUACUUAAAUGUGCAUGUAACUCUUUCAGUACAGGAUAAUUAUGGAUGGCACGUGAAGGCUAUUUGUUUACAUAUGAGAUAAGCCUCUCCAGAUUUUGCUUACCCCAUAGAGCACUGACAUUUUUGGCCUGUGGCAGGGAUGACAUUUUUAUGCCGUUGCUGCCAAAGAGUAGAGAGGGAACACAUAGUUCUGCCACCGUUGACAAUUUGGUGGCUGCUGAGGCUUCAAUGGAGCCUUCCUUUUGGAGUCGGUUUUCACCUGGUCACGCUAAUCAUGCUUCCUUUGAAAGCUUGGAAGUCUUGUUCUGUUCCUGUCCAUUUAAUAUAAGUAUGGUUUGGCUUCAGCUACCUAGAACAGAAGGCCACAACUUUACACCCUGGCUCAAAAAUAGGGAGAGGGCUAUCUUAAUUGCUGUCAAAAUGACACUUUGAUCUUUACCAAAUUGCUGGGGUCAGUGUUGACAAAAAAAAAAGAAUGGGUCGGUUGGCAACAGGACCAAGCAAGGAGGCAGGAACCCAAAUCUCAGACCACCUCCCCCUUGGCUGCCCAGGGUUUGAGAGUAUUAUGGGGUAUAGAUGCUGGUGAUCUAGGAGCCAGGGGAAAGGCGACUGGAGGCGAGGGGAGUAGUGUGUGUGUCAUCCAGCCUCAUGACUCUUCAAAGUCGUGUUCAUAAAGGCAUUGUGGGCAUGAUCUGAGAGUGGACUUUUGUUUUCAUUUGUUUUUGAGACACACGGUCUCUUUCUGUAUCCCUGGGAUUUCCUAUGUAGACCGGGUAUUCUUUGAACUCAUGACAAUCCUCCAGCCUUAGUCUCUCAAAUCCUGGGAUUUUAUGCAUGAACCACAAUGCCCCAAUACAAAACUGAUGCUUUCUAAGGUACAUUAGAAGUGGUUGAGCGUGAUGACACAUGUUCUUACCACUGGAGGGGGCAGAGGUCAAAGCAGGAGAAUCGGGAGUUUAGUGCCAGCCUCUGCUAUAGAGUGAAUUUAAGGCCAUCUUCAGCCAGACUCUGAACAAAUCACAGAAAGACUGGGGACAGGGGGUGGAAUCACGGAGGCUUAGUGAGAAAUGAAAAGUGAGAGAGCCGACUAGUGUCACUAAGCCUAGGCCAGCUGCUGUCAUUGAUGAUGGAUGCUCAGUGUGGGGGCUGUUCUCCCACAGAGCAUUCGAGGCUUCGUUCUUGCUAUUUUGAGUUGCUCUUGAGUCCUUAAAAGAUGAGAUUCUGGCUUCAGUAGAUACACACUUAGAAUUCUAAGGCCCCCUUCCAUGAACGCUCGCCUACCAAGCGCUCAGCGCCAUCUCACGUGCAGUAAGUCUGAAGUAGGCAUUUCCCAGACUUUCAGUGGACACGAGAUCACCAGAGACAGAGGUUCCUUCCAUCUGCCCGCCCCUCAGCCUGAUCUCUAGCUUCUGCUCUCAGGGUCACUUCACAGUCUAAGCUGAUGCACAAGAGGAGGGAAGAUGGUGAAAGGAUGCCUCCCACCUCAAUGGCCUCCCUCUUAGGAGUCCUCUGCCACAAGACCCACACUUCUGCUUGCAUCUGGCUGGCCAGAACUUGGAUCACAUGCUCAUAUUGCCUGUCUGCAAAGAGGACUGAGAACUGUAGUAUUUAUAGCUGGGUACCAUGUUCUGGCCUCUAACUUAGAUCUCUGCUUCUAAGGGACAAGAAAGAGAGUAGACAUUGGGUAGGAAACUAGUAAACUCCGCCUGUUAGACCAUCCAAAGAUGUCUACGUCAUUUGAAGAACAGAACAUCUAAUGUAAUUGCUUUGGGAUUUGCUUAGUCCCCAGAGAAGUAAUGAGUGAAGUCCUUGACCUGCAGAGCAGUGGAAAGGAGACAUGGAAGUCGUCAAGGGACUCAGAAGAAAUGAACAGUACCAAUAGCAAAAAUGUGUUUUGUUUUGACUUGUUUUAUUUUAACGAUACAUACUCAUGCUAGUUAUAGCAAGGAGCCAUUGAAGAAAAGUGAGUCCUGAAAGCACAAAUCUCCGUAAAAGUCUUUAACCCAAAAGUGAGUUUUGAGGGAGACAGGUUAGGCAACUGAACUUGGGGCCUUCUGAGUGGAAGCAAGCACUCUCCCCCACCCCCAGCAUAACUCUUGGGACAUGGUUUGACUUCACAGACAGCCUGGAAAGGGUUAAAGUACAGAUACAUCUCUAGGGCCGCAGCUGGCUCCGAGCACCCACUCUCUCGAAUCCCAUCUCACCUAAAUUUCUAUCACAUCUUGAUAGUGUGUCAGAUUAUGAGUCUCCCAUGGACUACUCACUCCUCAAAAGCCCCGUCACUGCACAUUGCUCCAUGGACACCCAUGUCUUCAGCACAUGAAAUGGCCCUUGAAGGUCAUUCCAACCCCCAAACCAUAACAGUUCUCAUUUGAAAAGUGAGAGAAGGGCUGGAGAGAUGGCUCAGUGGUUAAGAGCAUUGACUGCUUUUCCAGAGGUCCUGAGUUCAAAUCCCAGCAACCACAUGGUGUCUGGCAACCAUCUGUAAUGGGAUCUGAUGCCCUCUUCUGGUGUGUCUGAAGAUAGUGACAGUGUACUUAUAUAAUAAAUAAAUAAAUCUUUUUAAAAAAAAAGAAAAAUGGGAAAAAAUGUCAAUGGCUCAUGGGGUUGUGGGUAGCUGUUAAGAUUAAGAGCUGAGGGUUGGGGAUUUAGCUCAGUGGUAGAGCGCUUGCCUAGGAAGCGCAAGGCCCUGGGUUCGGUCCCCAGCUCCAGGGAAAAAGAUUAAGAGCUGAAAGCCGGGGAUAUGGAUCUGUGCUUGACAGAAAGUGUGAGAGCUUGAGUUUGGAGCCCUAGAAACCCUGUACACACUAGGUGGUUGUGGUGGUCUUGGGAGACAAACAGUAAGCUGCCUAGGAAACUAGCCGCAUCAGUAGCUCUGGGUUUGAUUGCAAGACCCUGCCUCAAAGUAUAAGAUAAAAGAAUGAUCAAGUAUGAUUAUUGACACUAGCUUUGGACUAUCACAUGCACAUGAACACAAGUGCCCACAUACACGCAGAAUAUGCAUAACUAACAGCACACACACUCACACACAAACACACUCACACUACACACUUAGACUGUCACACACUUAUGUACACUGCACACUCUCACACAUAUAAUAUUCUCACAUACAUACACACUCUCACCCACUACACACAUGUACACUGCACACUCUUACACAUUAUAUAAUAUUCUCACACACACACUCUUGCCCACUACACACAUGUACACACACACUCUCACACACACUUACUCCAUACCACAAUACACUAUACAUACUCACACAACACCACACACACACACUCAUACAACUCCAUAUAUACUCACACACGCUACACAUCCAUUCUCACACAUACUGCACUACACACAGCACACAACACCACACACUCAUACAAAACCACACAUACAUACAUACACACUUACACAUACUACACACUCUCACACUCAUACAACACCACACAUACACACUCACAAGAACUACACACAAAACUCACACAACACCACACACACACACACACACACACACACACACACACUCACAGAGGAACAGACUGAGCUGUUAUGGGCAAAGUAAAACAGUGACUAGCAGAUGCUACUAGGCCUCUUGUUUGAGUCUGGUUGGUUGGUUUUAGUUUUGAUUUGGGGGUUACUCAUUUGCUUUUUGUUUUUUGAGACUCGGUCUCACUCUGCAGCUCAGGCCUUAAGCUCACAGCAAUCCCCCUGUCUUAGCCUCCCAAGUGUUGGGAAUAUGGGAGUGAGACACCGUACCUGCCCGUCAUUAGUCCCUGUGCUAAGCACCGCAACUUAAAGACAACCUGUUAAUGACCUUUAUCUUUAAAAUAAUGAGAUUCAAGCCAGGUGUGCUGGCUGAAGUACAGUCACAGCUACUCAGGAAGCUGGGGCUGCCUAAUAUACCUUAGGUCACAUGGUGAGACCGAGGGAGGGAGGGAGAGAGGAAGGAAGGAAGGAAGGAAGGAAGGAAGGAAGGAAGGAGAAAGGAAGGAAGGAAACUGCCUCUGAUAGCACAUGCCUAUUAUUCCAGACCUUGGAAGGAGGCAUGAAGAACCCGGGAGUUGAAGAUCUUGGCUACAAAGCAUGGCAGAGGUUGGUUUGGGCUAAGAGAACCUGUCUCACUAUCCCCCUAACCCUCCCCACAAAGAGAAGAAAGGAAAGGGACAGAGAAGUGUGUCCAGUGCAAGUCUUCUUCCUGCUCCCCUGUGUUUCUGAGGGCUGUGUUUUCAGGUAGUCUCACCCAGUAGGCGGCACUGAGAGAGGAUGGGGAUGAGAGUAGAAACUCAGUGGGUCUCCAUGGCAACUCUGUCCGCUUCAUCUCCUCCAUAAACAUGGCCCAGUGCUGUGACUCUCACUUCGUUUCUGGGCUGUGGUAACAUCAUCUCCUCCUGUUACCCCUUCAGCCAUGGCUAGAACAAACUCCCUCAAUUGAGGGCUUGCAUUUAGUUUCCUAGCUUUUCUAUCAUGAGUUUAACAAAUGUGUCUGAUGUUCCCUCUGUUUGAGGGACCUAGAGCGCUCUAUCAGAUGAGCUCCGAUUAGCCAAGUAAGAAAUGUGUUUCUGUAUUACGGUGUCAGGCGACCAUCAAGACAUGGGGGUUGCGACGUGUCUGUCUCAUAGGCCCUUUCUGGUCAUAAUUCACAUAGUCUAGAAAGAAGUUAAGUGGUUUGCUCAAAGAUGUUCCAGUCCGUUGGUGAUGUAUUUAGAACUUGAACCCAGCACUUCCACACUUACGUAUUGACACUGAAUUUGUUAGCGAGCUUACCAAUUCUCUACAAAUUUUCUUUAUCAAUUAUGUUGUCCCCAAAUGAACAGAUUUCCCUAGCUUCUGAACUUUACUUCUGUGGGUAUCUUAACACCAUUGGGUAUAUUGCUAUUAGAACUACUGGGUCUUUUGCCUUAAACUCAAAUGGAAUGGGCCAGUGAGAGGGUGGUGGCCUGGUGGCCUGAGUUUGGUUCUCGGAACCACAAGGCAGAAAGAGAGAACCCACUCCCACAGGCUUGUCCCCUGACCUCCACACACAUGCUCUGGCCCAAGUACACACACCCAUAUAAAUGCACACAUGCAUGCACGCAUACAUACGUAUACACACCAGUAAAUUUUGCUUAAGAAUCGAAAGGGUUCGCUAACGUGGCUGAAACUGUUGUUUUAGGCAGGUUAAAAUUUCACGGUUUCUAUGGCAAGCCUUGAUGUGGUGAAGCCAUGGCAUAGCUCUGUACCAGUACCGAUACGGUCUCUUCUCUCCGCCCUGGGUUCAGCAACACUAACAGAGCUAAUGGUGCAGCUGAGUUCCGGGCAGAUGCUGUCCUGUGCUAGCUCAGCAGCCCCAGCGUUCGGCUGCACGGAUGAUGGCUCAGUGUUUAUUGAGACCUGUCAGUGGGUGGCAGGAACGAUGGUGAUGAGCACUUAGCCUAAUGAGUGCCUCAGCUUAAUUCAUUGCCAGGAGUGCUCAGAGAAAAGGGAACAGAACGGACGGGGCUGUGGUGUUUUCUGCUACCAUGGUUGUUUACGAGCGGUCACAAAAAAAAAAAAAAAAAAAAAAAAAAAAAAAAAAAAAAAAAAAAUUCAGCCCACUUCCUUGUUUCCCUUAAGAGACAACUUUUUUUUUUCUCCAGAAUUUUCUAGAUAAUUCCAGCAA